AUGAACUGCAGUUCGUUCGAUAUUAAUAAUUUAAUUACGCACUUUUUAUGUUGUGCACCAAUAAGUGUAUUUGAUGUACUUAUUUCUCAAGAAAAUAUUAAUUGUCUUGUUAAUUUAGAAAAACAGCGGGAGAUUCUAGAAAACACAAUAAAUAAUGAUUUAAUUCAAAAGUAUCCAGUAAAACAAUCUAAUCAAAGAGCAUUUUUAAAAUGGCUCAUAAAUAAGAUUGAAGAACAAAAUGGGGAAGUUUAUGUUAAUAUAUAUAUUACAUAUUGUAAUUUAAUAUCUUCUACAAUAGAAGAAUUACAUCAUUAUCGACAUUUUUUAAUAGAAGAUGAUUAUAUUAGUAUAAAAGAAAGCACAAAUAUUAUAUCAGAAGGUACAACAGGAUUGUGUAGCUGGCAGGGGGCCAUUGAGCUAAGUAAAUGGUGUAUAGAAAAUAAAAACAAAUUUCAUGGAAAAGUUAUUUUAGAACUUGGUUGUGGAGUUGGAUUAACAGGAUUAUGCAUUAUUAAAAAAUGUUUCCCCAAUCAAUAUAUAUUUACAGAUUAUCACAAAAUUGUACUUGAAAUGGUUUCUAAAAAUAUUGAACUUAAUUUAUCAUGUAGUGAAAAGAAAAUACAAACAGAAUUAAAACAUGAUAGGUUGAAAUUGCAAUUAAAAUAUAAUUAUACAGAUAUUAAAAUAAUGGAAUUAAAAUGGGAAGAUAUUAAUAAAUAUAUAAAUGAACAAUGGAUUAUACCUGAUAUAAUACUUGGGGCUGAUAUUCUGUAUGAUGUUAAUUCAUUUCAUGAAUUAAUAUUAGGAUUAAAAAAAUUGUUGUCCUUCAGUGGUAGAUAUGCUAUUAUUGCAGCAACAAUUCGUAAUGAGGAUACUAUCUCACAGUUUUUAUGUCAGUUAGGAGAUUUUGAUCUUUGUUUUGAAGAAUGUAAUGUACCACAACAAACAGUAUAUAUACAGCUACUAAAUUUACCUAUUAAAAUAUUAAAAAUUUUUCAAAAAAAAUAA